AAGGUAUGGAGGAGCCAGUGAAACAGAAGGAGUCAGGUGAAGGGGUGUAUGACUAUUACCCUCACACCCCUGGGAAGUACACCGUCACCAUCACCUGGGGAGGACAGCACAUCCCUAAGAGGUGAGUCCUUUACAUACUGGACAUCAAUGUUUCUUUCUCUAUGCUUUUUUUGAUUGUUAAAGGUUGGGAAAUUAAAGUAGGUAAUCAAAAACAAAGUCUGCUAGACUGUCACCUGAAAUGUUCAGGUCAAGUCAGUUGGUUCCUUUGGGUCAUAUAUGAAGACUAGAGCAGUGUUUGUGUAUGUGUGUGGUAGGAGGGGCUUGGCAGAUCCAUGGCUGAUUGCUCGGUCUCUACACAGUGGUAAGAACUCACUGUGGUGGUAGCUAGGGACUCAGGAGGUGAGGUAGGACGUGGUAGCUAGGGACUCAGGAGGUGAGGUAGGACGUGGUAGCUAGGGACUCAGGAGGUGAGGUAGGACGUGGUAGCUAGGGAAUCAGGAGGUGAGGUAGGACGUGGUAGCUAGGGAAUCAGGAGGUGAGGUAGGACGUGGUAGCUAGGGACUCAGGAGGUGAGGUAGGACGUGGUAGCUAGGGACUCAGGAGGUGAGGUAGGACGUGGUAGCUAGGGACUCAGGAGGUGAGGUCUGGCCUGGGUGUGCUGGUGUGGGGUGGUCUGACCUGGUGUGGGGUGGUCUGAUGUGGUGGUAGCAGUGAAUGGCAGGUCCCUGGGGACACAUGCAGCAGACAGGCAGCCAGUGUGUUAGCAUUGCAGUGUUAGCAUUGCAGUGUUAGCUACCUUAGUGCCUAACAUGGCACUGUGUGAAACAUUUUAAAUGUCUCCUCACAUUUCAUCAGGGCUAGGCUAUGUACUCUGGUCGCAGACAGAUUAACUUAACAAGCAACCCUGGAAAUGAUUCUCUUUAUUUAGCUGUAUUUGUUUGGUUUCUGGAUGACUGUGUGUGAGAGUGAGAGCUGGUUUCAGCAUUAGGAAAUGUAGUCAUUUUUAUGCCACACUGACAGACGGAAACCUGCUUACGUUUUACAGUAAUGAUAUUCUGUAACUGUGAAAAUAAUUUAACUAGCUGUCACAGCUCGCUGUGAGGGGAGUUAACCUCUGUUAACAUUUUAUUAAGCAUUAAGGCAUUUUCCGUAUCUUCAUCAGGGUUUACUACAAUGGGGGCUGGAUUUACGCGUCUUAAAACGCUCUUGGGAGAGAGGGCUCUGGUAAUGCUAAUACUCAGCCUGGAAGAUGGGGUUAAGAAAGUGGCCUGCUAGUGCUAGGCCUUAGAAGGACAACUGGAAUUACCCCCAUGCUGUUACCAUGGUGUUACUAAGCACUGAACAGGCUCCCAGCUGACCUCAUGUGCUCUCAGGACCAGGUUGAAAUGUCUCCUUUAAUGGAAAGAUUCACCCAUUGUUUUUUAAAUGUUAUAUCGUUUCUGGGCAUCUCUGAGAGAUGUUUUAUCGAUUCCCGGGGUUAUUUAAUGUUUUCAUGAGCUCUUGAUCAGAAACUCGGGCAGAAAUACAGCCAGUAUGAUGCAAAAUGCAUCAUACUGACUGUAUUUAUGCAUUUCGAAAGUUCUACAUCUUGAAAACUUCAUUUGCGGACUCGCAAAACAUUUUUGGGACUGUAUCAACAGUGGACUAGUGAAACAAAUACCAGAAGAUAGUUUUUGAGUGAAAUGUUCCUUUUAACGGCCCAAACCACAGGCCCUUUAAAGCCAUGUUCUGGAAUGGUCUGUUCGGUUACGGUAAUACCAUGCCUGGAAGGCUGAUUAGCUGGUAUUACCUCCCAGACAGACGGACGGGGGGGGGGGGGGGGGGGGGGUCUGACUGUGCAAUGGUCUUACUUAGCAUUGAACAGGCGCUCAGGUGACAUCAUGCUACGGAGCCCUCAGCUCCCAGCUCCACUGACCUUAAUGGCUCUCUACCCCUCCCAGCUUCACUGACCUUAAUGGCUCUCUACCCCUCCCACUAACCACAGACCUUUUUAAAGGCCAUGUUAUGAAAACAAUCAGCUCCUGUUUCCCCUGCAGAAAGGCACCACGUCACUUUACACAGUAGCGCUGGUAAGGCAAAGGGGCAUAAAGCAAAUGGCAAUUACAGGGAAAAAAGGAUUUGAUCCCCUGCUGAUUUUGUACGUUUGCCCACUGACAAAAACAUGAUCAGUCUAUAAUUUUAAUGGUAGGUUUAUUUGAACAGUGAGAGACAGAAUAACAACAACAAAAAUCCAGAAAAACGCAUGUCAAAAAUGUUAUAAAUUGAUUUGCAUUUUAAAGAGGGAAAUAAGUAUUUGACCCCUCUGCAAAACAUGACCUAGUACUUGGUGGCAAAACCCUUGUUGGCAAUCACAGAGGUCAGAUGUUUCUUGUAGUUGGCCACCAGGUUUGCACAAAUCUCAGGAGGGAUUUUGUUCCACUCCUCUUUGCAGAUCUUCUCCAGGUCAUUAAGGUUUCGAGGCUGACGUUUGGAAACUCGAACCUUCAGCUCCCUCCACAAAUGUUCUAUGGGAUUAAGGACCAGGACCUUAAUGUGCUUCUUCUUGAGCCACUCCUUUGUUGCCUUGGCUGUGUGUUUUGGGUCAUUGUCAUGCUGGAAUACCCAUCCACGACCCAUUUUCAAUGCCCUGGCUGAGGGAAGGAGGUUCUCACCCAAGAUUUGAUGGUACAUGGCCCCGUCCAUCGUCCCUUUGAUGCGGUGAAGUUGUCCUGUCCCCUUAGCAGAAAAACACCCCCAAAGCAUAAUGUUUCCACCUCCAUGUUUGACGGUGGGGAUGGUGUUCUUGGGGUCAUAGGCAGAAUUCCUCCUCCUCCAAACACAGCAACUUGAGUUGAUGCCAAAGAGCUCGAUUUUGGUCUCAUCUGACCACAACACUUUCACCCAGUUCUCCUCUGAAUCAUUCAGAUAUUCAUUGGCAAACUUCAGACGGGCCUGUAUAUGUGUUUCUUGAGCAGGGGGACCUUGCGGGCACUGCAGGAUUUCAGUCCUUCACGGCGUAGUGUGUUACCAAUUGUUUUCUUGGUGACUAUGGUCCCAGCUGCCUUGAGAUCAUUGACAAGAUCCUCCCGUGUAGUUCUGGGCUGAUUCCUCACCGUUCUCAUGAUCAUUGCAACUCCACGAGGUGAGAUCUUGCAUGGAGCCCCAGGCCGAGGGAGAUUGACAGUACUUUUGUGUUUCUUCCAUUUGCGAAUAAUCGCACCAACUGCUGUCACCUUCUCACCAAGCUGCUUGGCGAUGGUCUUGUAGCCCAUUCCAGCCUUGUGUAGAUCUACAAUCUUGUCCCUGACAUCCUUGGAGAGCUCUUUGGUCUUGGCCAUGGUGGAGAGUUUGGAAUCUGAUUGAUUGAUUGCUUCUGUGGACAGGUGUCUUUUAUACAGGUAACAAGCUGAGAUUAGGAGCACUCGCUUUAAGAGUGUGCUCCUAAUCUCAGCUCGUUACCUGUAUAAAAGACACCUGGGAGCCAGAAAUCUUUCUGAUUGAGAGGGGGUCAAAUACUUAUUUCCCUCAUUAAAAUGCAAAUCAAUUUAUAACAUUUUUGACAUGUUAUUCGGUCUCUCACUGUUCAAAUAAACCUACCAUUAAAAUUAUAGAAUGAUCAUUUCUUUGUCAGUGGGCAAACGUACAAAAUCAGCAGGGGAUCAAAUACUUUUUUUCCCCUCACUGUAGAUACUACAGAAAUUAUUAUGGGUUUCAACGUCUGCUCUGCAGAGCAUAAUGGCCCAGCAUCCCAUCAGGAUUUGAUCCAACAGACCAAUCUCUGUGGGGAAAUAUUCCCCCCCCCCCCAACUCUUUGGAACAUAUGUGUAACGAUCCUGUGUCUCUGUCCCAGUCCGUUUGAGGUGGGGGUGGGUCCGGAGGCGGGCCCCCAGAAGAUCAGGGCCUGGGGGCCAGGUCUGGAGGGAGGCAUGGUGGGGAAAUCGGCUGACUUUGUGGCGGAAUCCAUCGGCACUGACGUCGGAGUUCUAGGUGAGGUUCUGAAUGACUGUUCAAGAUAUUGGUUUUGAGUGAAGGUUGUGUAUGCUUAUGCUUUUGGGCUGUAGGCCUAAUGCAAAUGCAUGGAAAUUGGUUGAUUUUUAAAACUCAUAAAGAAAGAUGUUGUGUAUCCCCUCAAUGCUUGCUGCUGCUCCCAACAAAAUAUAUUUUAACAAAGCUUUCAGUGAUACACAUGCAACGUUCAGACCAACAUGCUUUGUUAUAGAGCUAAUAGCUAUUCCACCCUCCCUCUACCAGGCUUUGCCAUCGAGGGCCCGUCCCAGGCCAAGAUCGAGUGUGAGGACCAGAAUGAUGGUUCAUGUGAUGUGAAGUACUGGCCGUCGGAGGCAGGGGAGUACGCUGUCCACGUGAUGUGUGACGACGAGGAUAUAGAGGACAGUCCCUUCAUGGCCUACGUCGUCCCUGACAACCAGGACAGCAACCCCAGCUUGGUGAGUGAUGUCACGCUUCCUGUUUCCUGUCUCCGUAGUGAGACCAGUAGUGAGACAUCAAAGAGGACCUAGUACUGAGCCCUUGGGGACACAAGUAGUGAGACAUUAAAGAGGACCUAGUACUGAGCCCUGUGGGACACCAGUAGUGAGACAUUAAAGAGAACCUAGUACUGUGCCCUGGGGGACACCAGUAGUGAGACAUUAAAGAGGACCUAGUACUGAGUCCUGGGGGACACCAGUAGUGAGACAUUAAAGAGGACCUAGUACUGAGCCCUGGGGGACACCAGUAGUGAGACAUUAAAGAGAACCUAGUACUGAGCCCUUGGGGACACCAGUAGUGAGACAUUAAAGAGGACCUAGUACUGAGCCCUGGGGGACACCAGUAGUGAGACAUUAAAGAGGACCUAGUACUGAGUCCUGGGGGACACCAGUAGUGAGACAUUAAAGAGGACCUAGUACUGAGCCCUCGGGGACACCAGUAGUGAGACAUUAAAGAGGACCUAGUACUGAGUCCUGGGGGACACCAGUAGUGAGACAUUAAAGAGGACCUAGUACUGAGCCCUGGGGGACACCAGUAGUGAGACAUUAAAGAGGACCUAGUACUGAGCCCUGGGAGACACCAGUAGUGAGACAUUAAAGAGGACCUAGUACUGAGCCCUGGGGGACACCAGUAGUGAGACAUUAAAGAGGACCUAGUACUGAGCCCUGGGGGACACCAGUAGUGAGACAUUAAAGAGGACCUAGUACUGAGCCCUGGGGGACACCAGUAGUGAGACAUUAAAGAGGACCUAGUACUGAGCCCUGGGGGACACAAGUAGUGAGACAUUAAAGAGGACCUAGUACUGAGCCCUGGGGGACACCAGUAGUGAGACAUUAAAGAGGACCUAGUACUGAGCCCUUGGGGACACCAGUAGUGAGACAUUAAAGAGGACCUAGUACUGAGCCCUGGGGGACACCAGUAGUGAGACAUUAAAGAGGACCUAGUACUGAGCCCUGGGGGACACCAGUAGUGAGACAUUAAAGAGGACCUAGUACUGAGCCCUGGGGGACACCAGUAGUGAGACAUUAAAGAGGACCUAGUACUGAGCCCUGGGGGACACCAGUAGUGAGACAUUAAAGAGGACCUAGUACUGAGCCCUGGGGGACACCAGUAGUGAGACAUUAAAGAGGACCUAGUACUGAGCCCUGGGGGACACCAGUAGUGAGACAUUAAAGAGGACCUAGUACUGAGCCCUGGGGGACACCAGUAGUGUUACUGUUAGUAGCUGCUGCUACAGUAGUGCAUCUGUGAAGGUGUGAUGUUGUAAUUAUGUUUCAGGUGAAGGCCUACGGUCCAGGCCUGGAGAAGAGUGGCUGUGUCAUCAACAAACCGGCAGAAUUCACCGUCAACGCUAAGGAUGCUGGGACGGGCCCCCUAAAGAUCUCUGCCCAGGUAAGACAACCCCACACACACACACACACACACACACACACACACACAGGCUAGUGGUAACUAUGUUGUCUCUAACCCACAGAGUGCAGAGGGAGGUCCCCUGGACGUGAAGGUGAAGAAGACUGGAGACGGUGUCUACGUCUGUUCCUACACCCCCAUUACCGCGGUCAAACACACAGUGGCCAUCACCUGGGCAGGAGUCAGUGUGCCCAACAGUCCUUUCAGGGUAAGACCACCGCAGUACAACGUCCCUGACCAAAACGUAACCACUCUGAAGGGUAAUAAUAACCUUAAACUAACACUAAGACAACCGCUGUCUGGUGUACCAAGGGGGGAGGAGGACUGUUACGUACCCACAACCACCCAGGAGAAUACUAGUUACCGUAAACGUACCCCAACCGCUAUGGACUGUAAUCUAACCAUGACCACCUUGGAGAGUACUGAAGCUAAUCUGACCAAUGUCACUCAGGGGAACACUACUUACCGUAAACCUAACACUACUUACCGUAAACCUAACACUACUUACCGUAAACCUAAGAGGCCUCUCAUUCUGAUAACCACAUACACUGAGGAACGCUGUACCGUCUUUGGCCAGUAACACCACAGAGAUGUAAAGCCUCUGAGUAAUAUUGGGUGCGUUUGGUGAAGGAGGAUCAACAUUGGUCAAUGUUAACUGUUUAUUUAGAAUAAUCUUUUUUUUUUUCAGGGACAUUUCUUCAGGGAAAUUUUCUUACAAUGAUCAAACACGAUUACUUGAUUUAUCUAUGUUUCUAUACUUUUACACUACAAUAUAUUCUGUGAUUUAUUAUUAAUGUUACUAAACAUGUUUUCUAUUUCUGUGUAACUAUUUAAUCAAAUUAACAUAAGCGCGUGCUAAUGUCUUAACAAGCAUUCACCAAUGUAUUUUGUGUUUUAGUCACCUGAUUUCUUUCACCUCACUUAUACAUGUCUGUUGCCACAUCAACGUCCAUGUCUGUUGCCACGUCAACGUCCAUGUCUGUUGCCACAUCAACGUCCAUGUCUGUCGCCUAGUUUAAUAUGUCUUUCUAUCCACUGAGACAUUUUACAAAAGCAAUGUUGAUUUCCUCAUUCAGAAAAAUGUUAUUAUGUAAAUCUUUCAGUCAGUAUAUCUAGUAGUCUCAGCAUGACUCAAUCUGACUGACUCAAUCUGUCUGACUCAAUCUGCUGUCAAUCUGUCUGACUCAAUCUGCUGUCAGUCUGUCUGACUCAAUCUGCUGUCAAUCUGUCUGACUCAAUCUGAAGCUACUGUGCACUUAAACCGGGUCAACUACAUUUCUGAAAGACAUCUUCAUUUGAAAGACAUUUCUAUGCUCUGCUACUAAUACCAAAAGUGUAUAUGACAUUGUUAGGAAAGGACAGCAGCAUGUAUUAUAACUACUGUUACACAUUACUGUUCAUUCAUUUCACUAUUUCAAACAUAUUAGCAUUUCAUUCCACUUCAACUACUGUCCAUUCAUACCAAAUAAAUUCAGACUGAUCUUUUUAAAACUUGUUUGUGUUUAUUAGGUUGAUAUCCUGUUUUCAUCAUAUAUCAUCCAACCUGCCAGGGUUUACAACACACAGCCUCCAUAUUACAAAUCACACUUUCCAUCUGCUGUUUAGUUCCCAUCUGCUAUUUAGUUUCCAUUUAGUUUCCAUCUGCUGUUUAGUUUCCAUCUGCUGUUUAGUUUCCAUUUAGUUUCCAUCUACUGACUGCGCUUGUAACGCCAAGGUAGUGGGUUCGAUCCCCGGGACCACCCAUACACAAAAAAUGUAUGCACGCAUGACUGUAAGUCCCUUUGGAUAAAAGCGUCUGCUAAAUGGCAUAUUAUUAUUAUUAUUAUUAUUAUUAUAUUCCAGUGAAGUUGGCAAUGGGGGUUGGGCGAUUUUUUACGAUUGCGUCGUUGAUCGAUGAUGUUUUGACAGCCAUCGUCGACAGUGACCACAUCGUGAUGUCACAAACGAUGGAUUAGCAUUUUUUUUUACUUGACUGUACUGCUGCAGUCUGCAAUGCUAAACAGCACAGCGCCGUGAGGACGUGCCAAAUGGCCUCCUCCCUAUUGGCCGUAGCCUAAAUGUUCAAUACAUAUGAUGGUAGACUAUUAACAUAACGCAAGAGAACAAGGUAGAUUCUAGACAGACCGGAGAGCACCAGAGCUAGAGGUCAGAUGGGGCUGAUUUGAUCUUUCCUUCUCCUCUCCAGUGCUAGAGGAUCAUGGGCCUUUUGCAGCGGACACCUUUUCCUUUUUCUCUGAAAGUUGUGAAUAGCCUGAAUAAAAAAACUUAGUAAUAAUGAGAGAGAACAAACUAUUGCAAGAUACUGGUAGACUAAUCGGAUAGGACGUUUAAACAGACUUACACAUUGUGGAUUUACUGUAUAUAACAGUCAACAACAAUCAGAUAAAAUAAAUGAUUAUUUAGCCCAUGACAUUCUUUCUAACACUUGAAUGAACAUUGGAAUAGGCCUGUUGUCCUCAGGCUAUGCCUUUUACCUAUCGAACUGUAAAAAUCUGAAAUAUACAAUCAGAUAAAACAAAUUAUUAUUUAUUAGUCUUAAACGAAUGAACAUUGGCUUAGGCUAAAAACGAAUAGAAAAUAAAUUAGUGCAACAACAACAAAACAAAAAAAACAGUGCAGAUAAGUAUUUUUAAGGUUUAACAGAAUAUUUGAGCCUAUCCUGUAGGCCAUCGCUUUAGAAUAAGAUGCAUUUGGAUUUGAAUUUAGGCUACAUUUUAAAAUUCAAUUAAAAAAAAAAGUGCAAUGAGGAACCAUUUCAUUUGGUGUCGUUGUUGUUUUACCGUGUCUCAGGCCUACCUCAAUGUUUCUGGCAAAGAACAGCAGCAUGUUCACCCUUUUCUGCCCCAGAGUAGCGAACUUUUCUGCCUCAGAGUAGCGAACUUUUCUGCCACAGAGUAGCGAACUUUUCUGCCACAGAGUAGCGAACUCAGCAGGAUGAUGAAAAUGAUGGCGACGGUUUGUAGUCAGUCCAUCCUUUUCUCUGAUAAUCUUGUCUGGUCUGCUGGCUCACCUUCAUCAUUCGGCCUGAAACCGAAGAACUGCCAAACAGGCGAAGACGUGCUUUUCUUUGCCACUAAGAAAAGCACGUUGUUGUUUUUCCUCCAGAUUUAGCUAAGGCCGGUUAUACUAUAGUUACUAAGUGAAAUCCCGUCACUUUUUUUUUUUUUUAGAGUCUGAAACUGUCGGAGAGUAAAUGAUUACGGUAGAAUAAAACAAUAGUCUAUAAUAUAUAUUAGUUUUGGAAAGGUAGGCUAAUAUAAAUGAUAUCUGAGUAAUUUUAUGGACAAGAGAAACAAAGGCCUACAUAUUUGAAAAUCAUUCUGCAGUCUAGACUAGAUAAAAAAUAACUAGGGCCUAACACUUUGUUUUGAACAGUGAUUUAAUGAGAUUGUUUGUGGCUUUUGUAUCAAUUUAAAUCAUAAAGAAUGACAUUAUGCCGUAAAUCAGAGUUCUGGUAUAACCAAUGUGUUCUUCAUAUGACUUUCUUUCCUCCAAUUGACCCCCUCCGUGCGCAACGCGUGUAGCCUAACUGAAAUCUGGACACAGAUUUUAGGUAGAUGAUACAAUCGUAUAUAAACGAUUUUCGGACGAUGUGUCAUUCAAGACGUCGCCCAACCCUUGUUGGCAAUUGUAUUUAACAUUGUUUUGUUGUAGUAUGCAGGCUGUAACCUUCACCUGUUCCUGUUUCCUAGACGGUCCUAAACAUUAUUGUCACUGUCAGUUCUCUUCAACUAAAACUGUUGUUUUUGUUAUUUUUAACUGUUGUUUUGUGCUCUCCAACCAGUGUGUGUGUGUGUGUGUGUGUGUGUGUGUGUGUAUGCAUGUUCAGUGUCUUUCAGAGGGGUUGGGAUAAAGCAGAAUGGGAAUUUCUAUUGGACCUUAUAAAGAAUAAACUGAUGUUUGUCUUGUGCAGGUGAAUGUUGGGAAGGGCAGCCAUCCUCACAAGGUCAAGGUGUUCGGUCCAGGAGUAGAGAGGACGGGACUGAAGGCCAAUGAACCCACACACUUCACUGUGGACUGCACAGAGGCAGGGGAAGGUAACACACACACACACACACACACACACACACACACACACACAACACACACACACACACACACACACAGGUACACACGAACACACACACAGGUACACACACACACAGGAACACACACACACACACAGGUACCACACACACACACACACACAUGAACACACACACAGGAACACACACACACACAGGUACACACACACACAGGAACACACACACAGGUACACACACACACAGGAACACACACACAGGUACACACACACACAGGUACACACACACACAGGAACACACACACAGGUACACACACACACACACACACACAGGUACACACACACACACGUACACACACACACACACACACACGUACACACACACACACAGGACCACACAGGACCAUGUAGCUGAGGCUACCCACCAACACCAGAUACAAAUCAUGAAAGAAAAACCUCAAUAUAGAUAUGAACUGAACAAGAAUGAUACAUGUCGUUUUAAUGCAUUGUUUUCUCUUCAUUCAACCCACCCUUUAAGAGUUGUCCUAAUCUCAGCUCGUUACCUGUAUAAAAGACACCUGGGAGCCAGAAAUCUUUCUGAUUGAGAGGGGGUCAAAUACUAAUUUCCCUCAUUUAAAAUGCAAAUGAAUUUAUAACAUUUUUGACAUGUGUUUUUCUGGAUUUUUUUGUUGUUAUUCUGUCUCUCACUAUUCAAAUAAACCUACCAUUAAAAUUAUAGACUGAUCAUUUCUUUGUCAGUGGGCAAACGUACAAAAUCAGCAGGUGAUCAAAUACUUUUUUCCCUCACUGUAUGUAUGUGUGUAUAUAUAUAUAUAUCUCUGUGUGUUCCAGGGGACGUGAGUGUGGGGAUCAAGUGUGAUGCCAAUGUAAUCAGUGAUAAGGAGGAGGACGUUGACUUUGACAUCAUCCCUAAUGCCAACGACACCAUCACUGUGAAAUACAUCCCUCCUGGAGCAGGACGACUCACCAUCAAGGUCCUCUUCACUGACCAGGUGGGUGACUGAUGGACACAGACAGACAGACAGACAGACAGACAGACAGACAGACAGACAGACAACAGACAGACAGACAGACAGACAGACAGACAGACAGACAGACAGACAGACAGACCAGACAGACAGACAGACAGAAGACAGACAGACAGACAGACCGACAGACAGACAGACAGACAACAGACAGACAGACAGACAGACAGACGACAGACAGACAGACAGACAGACAGACACAGACAGACAGACAGACAGACAGACAAGACAACAGACAGACAGACAGACAGACAGACAGAAGACAGACAGACAGACAGAACAGACAGACAGACAGACAGACAGACAGACAGACAGACAGACAGACAGACAGACAGACAGACAGACAGACAGACAGACAGACAGACAGACAGACAGACAGACAGACAGACAGACAGACAGACAGACAGACAGACAGACAGACAGACAGACAGACAGACAGACAGACCGACAGACAGACAGACAGACAGACAGACAGACAGACAGACAGACAGACAGACAGACAGUCAGUCAGUCAGUCAGUCAGUCAGUCAGUCAGUCAGUCAGUCAGUCAGUCAGUCAGUCAGUCAGUCAGUCAGUCAGUCAGUCAGUCAGUCAGUCAGUCAGUCAGUCAGUCAGUCAGUCAGUCAGUCAUGCUUAGUUCCCGUUUGGCUUUUUAGGGCAUCACUCUUAGGACCCAGCUUGAGACUAGUCCUGGACUAAAGCGGAUUGGAGAUUCUAGGCUUAAUGUGGUUCUAGGAAACCGGCCCUUAAUAAUGUGGAGCAUAAAAGCCCAUUCACUUAUACAUUUACAUUUACAUUUUAGGCAUUUAACAGACGCUCUUAUCCAGAGCGACUUACAGGAGCAAUUAGGGUUAAGUGCCUUGCUCAAGGGCACAUCGACAGAUUUUUCACCUAGUCGGCUCGGGGAUUAGAACAAGCGACCUUUCGGUUACUAUCACUACGCUCUUAACCACUAAGCUACCUGCCACCCCUGCCACUUAUCUUUGGUGUUUUGAAUUGUGAUGUGUUUUACGUAAUGUGUCUAAGUAAAUGAUUUAAUCCUGCGUGAAUGCGAUUUGUUAAUACCGUUUUUCUAUUUGUAGGAGAUCCCCGUCAGCCCAUUCAGGGUCAAAGUGGAACCUUCCCAUGAUGCCUCCAAGGUCAAGGCCGAGGGUCCAGGAGUGGCUCCUUUAGGAGUGGAGUGUGGCAAGCCGACCCAUUUCACAGUGCACACUAAAGGAGCAGGGAAGGCCCCCGUGGACGUCCAGUUCACUGGGACCGGCAAGGGAGACGCCGUCCAAGACUUUGACAUCAUCGACAACUACGACUACUCGCACACCGUCAAGUAUACUCCAAUACAACAGGUAAUUAUGACUACUCACACACCGUCAAGUAUGCUCCAAUACAACAGGUAAUUAUGACUACUCACACACCGUCAAGUAUACUCCAAUACAACAGGUAAUUAUGACUACUCACACACCGUCAAGUAUACUCCAAUACAACAGGUAAUUAUGACUACUCGCAUACUGUCAAGUAUACUCCAAUACAACAGGUAAUUACGACUACUCACACACCGUCAAGUAUGCUCCAAUACAACAGGUAAUUACGACUACUCACACACCGUCAAGUAUGCUCCAAUACAACAGGUAAUUAUGACUACUCGCACACCGUCAAGUAUACUCCAAUACAACAGGUAAUUAUGACUACUCACACACCGUCAAGUAUACUCCAAUACAACAGGUAAUUACGACUACUCACACACCGUCAAGUAUACUCCAAUACAACAGGUAAUUAUGACUACUCACACACCGUCAAGUAUGCUCCAAUGCAAAAGGUAAGUCAAGGCACCAGACAUGGGUUCAAAUACUAUUUAAAAUCUUUCAUAUACUUUGAGAGUUUGCUCUAGCCUGUCUGGUUUGCCAGAUUGCAGUUUUGAGAGUGUUCUGUUGGUCAAUUAAGCCAGGCAAGCGCAAUCAAGUAUAUAUAAAGUAUUUUAAAUGAUUUCAAAUAGUAUUUGAACCAUCUCUCUGUCAACCUUAUUGUGCAUGUUAAAAUGGCCGUCCCUUAUUUAGUGGUUCUUCCUGCUAGAUAGAGCUCCACAGUGGAGGUGUCAUAAUACCCAUAAAACCUAGCUGUCAAACAAGGAAAUGGUUCCAAUCGUUUUUCCACCAUUCAUUUUUCCCAUUGAAGAACACUUAAAAUAAGGGCUGUUUCGUGUAGGCUUACCCUGGCGUGACGUUUUGAUAACCAUGUAAAUCUCUCUGGCUAAGGUGACUUUAAUCAAUAUAGUCGGCUCUAUUCACUCUGUUUUGAAAAUGCUAAUUAGCAUCAAAGUAGACAUCUUGCAAAACUACAAAUCCCUGCAAGCUCCUGCACAUCAUCUCUAGCUGAAACCUUUGCUAAACAAGUAUUGUGUCAAUUUUAAACAGUUCACAGAAUUGUCCAUUUAAAGAAAUGUAGCCAAUUUAUUCAUUACUACAGUUGGAUAACAUUAGAUCGUUAAUCCAGAUAUUCUUACCUUUGCCUCGAUUCGGCAGUCUCUUCCAGAUCAUCAUGGUAUUUGUAGUUCUUUAUGAUAGCCACAUUAGCAGAUAAUUAGCGUUUCAUUUUUUGCGGGUAAAUACAGGCGAAUAUAUUGAUAAAAGUCACCUUGUCCUAGAGAGAUUUACAUGGUUAUCAAAACGUCACGCCAGGGUAAGCCUUCAUGAAACACAGCCCUUAUUUUAAGUGUUUCUAAAAUCCCCUAUGGGAAAAAUGAAUUGUGGAAAAACGAUUGGAACCAUUUCCCAGUUUGACCGCUAGGUUUUAUGGGUAUAAUGGCUCAUACUGUGGUACUCUAUGGUUUCCUGUCUAGGGACAGGUCUCUUUUUACAAGAUGUUCUUAAUCUGUGUGAUCACCAGUAUAGGUAAAGGAUCAAUGAACAUCUUUCUCUUUCCCUCAUCUCUCUCUCGCUUCCUCUGUGUGUGUCUCUGUGUGUCUCUGUGUGUGUGUCUCUGUGUGUGUGUGUCUCUCUGUGUGUGUGUCUCUCUGUGUGUGUGUCUCUCUGUGUGUGUGUCUCUCUGUGUGUGUGUCUCUCUGUGUGUGUGUCUCUCUGUGUGUGUGUCUCUCUGUGUGUGUGUCUCUCUGUGUGUGUCUCUCUCUGUCUCUCUGUGUGUGUGUGUGUCUCUCUCUGUCUCUCUGUGUGUGUGUGUGUGUCUCUCUGUGUGUGUGUGUGUGUGUGUGUCUGUGUGUGUGUGUGUCUGUAUGUGUGUCUCUCUGUGUGUGUGUCUCUCUGUGUGUGUGUCUCUCUGUGUGUGUGUCUCUCUGUGUGUGUGUCUCUCUGUGUGUGUGUGUCUCUCUGUGUGUGUGUCUCUCUGUGUGUGUGUCUCUCUGUGUGUGUGUCUCUCUGUCUGUGUGUGUGUGUGUCUCUCUCUGUGUGUGUGUCUCUCUGUGUGUGUGUGUCUCUGUGUGUGUGUCUCUCUGUGUGUGUGUCUCUCUGUGUGUGUGUCUCUCUGUGUGUGUGUCUCUCUGUGUGUGUGUCUCUCUGUGUGUGUGUGUGUGUCUGUCUGUCUCUGUGUGUCUCUAGGGAGAGAUGGUAAUCAUCGUAACGUUCGGCGGAGAUGUGAUUCCCAAGAGUCCCUUUGCUGUGGGAGUGGCUGCUCCGCUGGACCCCAGCAAGGUCCAGGUCAACAACCUGGAUGGCAGUAAGUAGCGUUACCUCUUACUAGCAGUACCGUAGCUUCCUCCUUUAUCAGUUGAAAGCUUCCCAGCAUGCCUCUCUGGCGCUAUGAUGGUUUGCCCCGCCAUUUCACUAAAAGUUAUUUCAUUAACCCCUUCCCUUCCAGAAGUGGAGGUGGAAAAUUGUGCCUUCAUAUGAUUGCUAUAGUGCAUUGCUCUUUAGGACUGGUCUUUAGAAAGGCUAUGUGCUGAAACCCUUGUUUUUUCUCCAGGAGUGGAGGUGGGGCAGGACCAGGAGUUUGUGGUGGGCACCAAGGGGGCGGGAGGCCAGGGUAAACUGGAGGUGAGGAUCAGCAGCCCUAGCGGUAAGCUUGUCCCUUGUGUGUUGGAGGCUCAGCCUGGGAAGAGACCAGAGAACAGCAGGGUGAAAUACAUCCCCAAGGAGGAAGGCCUCUAUGCUGUGGAGGUGAUCUACGAUGGACAACCUAUCCCGGGCAGCCCCUUCCCUGUGGAGGCCACACUGCCUCCAGACCCCAGCAAGGUACAGGCAUGCGCUCAGAUGUACAAUGUAAUAACCUUUUAGUUUCAUGAUAGAUAUUUUCAUUGUUGAUUGAUCCCCAAUCUAAUGGAUUUCAUGAUAGAUUAUUUUCAUGAUUGAUUUGUAUUUUGUAUGUAUUAUGAAUCACCAGCUGCUGCCAAGGCGGCAGCUACUCUUCCUGGGGUCUAGCAAAAAUUAAGGCAGUAAUAUACAUUAUAAUAAACAUUUAAAACAUUGAAGUGUGUGCCCUCAGGACAGGUGUGUGUGUGUGUGUGUGUGUUUGUACCUGUGUGUGUGUCUCUUCACAGUCCCCGCUGUUCCAUAAGGUGUAUUUUUAUCUGUUUAAAAAAAUAAUCUGAUUCUACUGCUUGCAUCAGUUACCUGAUGUGGAAUAGAGUUCCAUGUAGUCAUGGCUCUAUGUAGUACUGUGCGCCUCCCAUAGUCUGUUCUGGACUUGGGGACUGUGAAGAGACCUCUGGUGGCAUGUCUUGUGGGGUGUGCAUGGGUGUCUGAGCUGUGUGCUAGUAGUUUAAACAGACAGCUCGGUGCAUUCAUUAUGUCAAUACCUCUGUCCUCUACUUUGAGCCAUGAGAGAUUUGACCUACAUAUUAUUAAUUUUAGCUCUACGUGUACAUUUAAGGGCCAGCCGUGCUGCCCUGUUCUGGGCCAGUUGUAAUUCUCCCAAGUCCCUCUUUGUGGCACCUGACCACACGACUGAACAGUAGUCCAGGUGUGACAAAACUAGGACCUGUAGGACCUGCCUUGUUGAUAGUGCUGUUAAGAAUGUAGAGCAGAGCUUUAUUAUAGACAGACUUCUCCCCAUCUUAGCUACUGUUGCAUCAACAUGUUUUGACCAUGACAGUUUACAAUCCAGGGUUACUCCAAGCAGUUUCGUAUCCUCAACGUGCUCAAUUUCAACAUUAUUCAUUUCAAGAUUUAGUUGAGGUUUAGGGUUUAGUGAAUGAUUUGUCCCAAAUACAAUGCUUUUAGUUUUUGAAAUAUUUAGGACUAACUUAUUCCUUGCCACCCAUUCUGAAACUAACUGCAGCUCUUUGUUAAGUGUUACAGUCAUUUCACUCACUGUAGUAGCUGACGUGUAUAGUGUUGAGUCAUCCACAUACAUAGAUACACUGGCUUUACUCAGAGCCAGUGGCAGGUCAUUAGUAAAGAUUGAAAAAAGUAAGGGGCCUAGACAGCUGCCCUGGGGAAUUCCUGAUUCUACCUGGAUUAUGUUGGAGAGGCUUCCAUUAAACACCCUCUGUGUUCUGUUAGACUGGUAACGCUUUAUCCACAAUAUAGCAGGGGGUGUAAAGCCAUAACACAUACGUUUUUCCAGCAGCAGACUAUGAUCGACAAGCAUUUCGCUACACCCGCAAUAACAUCUGCUAAACACGUGUAUGUGACAAAUACAAUUUGAUUUGAUUUGAUCAUGUCAAAAGCCGCACUGAAGUCUAACAAAACAGCUCCCAGAAUCUUUGUAUCAUCAAUUUCUCUCAGCCAAUCAUCCGUCAUUUGUGUAAGUGCUGUGCUUGUUGAAUGUCCUUCCCUAUAAGCGUGCUGAAAGUCUGUUGUGAAUUUGGUUACUGUAAAAUAGCAUUGUAUCUGGUCAAAUACAUUUUUUCCCAAAAGUUGACUAAGGGUUGGUAACAGGCUGAUUGGUCGGUUAUUUGAGCCAGUAAAGGGGGCUUUACUAUUCUUGGGUAGCGGAAUGACUUUUGCUUCUCUCCAGGCCUGGAGGCACACACUUUUCUAGCAGGCUUAAAUUGAAAAUAUGGCCACUAUUAUCCUCAGUAAUUUUUCCAUCCAGGUUGUCAGACCCCGGUGGCUUGUCAUUGUUGAUAGACAAUAAUACUUUUUUCACCUCUUCCACACUCACUUUUCAGAAUUCAAAAUUACAACGCUUGUCUUUCAUAAAUUGGUCAAUUAUACUUGGAUGUGUAGGUUCUACAGCGAGUGAUUUAUCCCCAAUCUAAUUGAUUAUUUCAUGAUAGAUUAUUUCCAUGGUUGAUUGAUCCACAAUCUAAUGUAUUAUUUCAUGAUUUGUUCUUGUGGCCUAUAUUUUAAAAAGCAUUUUUUGCUUCUGUUCAGUGGCAGUCCGGACACUGUAACUGGCUGUUUGGACUGACUGUUUAUAACUGGUUGGCUGUUUGGACACCUGUUUAUAACUGGCAGUGGCAAUUUGUCUGUCCCUCCCUCCAGGUGAAGGCGUUUGGUCCAGGUCUGAAGGGAGGUCUGGUGGGUAACCCUGCUGAGUUCACCAUCGACACUAAGGGAGCAGGGACCGGCGGUCUGGGCCUGACUGUGGAAGGGCCCACCGAAGCCAAGAUCGAGUGCUCUGAUAACGGGGACGGGACGUGCAGCGUGUCCUACCUGCCCACUGAGCCAGGAGAGUACCUGGUUAACAUCCUGUUUGAGGAGACCCAUAUCCCAGGGUCCCCCUUCCACGCUGACGUCCACUACCCUUUUGACCCCACCAAGGUAGGGCUACGCGCGCAGAUGCAUUCGCACACUGGUUUUAUUUAUAUAUAUCAGUCAAAAGUUUGGACACACCUACUCAUUCAAGGGUUACAGAAGAUAGAUUAUUUGAGCUGUUCUUGCCGUAAUAUGGACUUGGUCUUUUACCAAAUAGGGCUAAGAGAAACUACUGUCCAUCGUUACUUUAAGACACGAAGGUCAGUCAAUACGGAACAUUUCAAGAAUAUAAAUGUUUCUUAAAGUGCAGUCGCAAAAAGCAUCAAACGCUAUGAUGAAACUGGCUCUCAUGAGGACCGCCACAGGAAUGGAAGACCCAGAGUUACCUCUGCUGCAGAGGAUGAGUUCAUUAGAGUUACCAGCCUCAGAAAUUGCAGCCCAAAUAAAUGCUUCACAGAGUUCAAGUAACAGACACAUCUUCCCACGGGGGGCCAGUAUAUAAAAAAAAAAAAAUGUAUUCACUGGAUAAGAGCGUCUGCUAAUACUUAAUGUUAAUGUCACUGUUCAGAGGAGACUGCGUGAAUCAGGCCUUCAUGGUCGAAUUGCUGCAAAGAGACCACUACUAAAGGACACCAAUAAGAAGAAAAGACUUGCUUGGGCCAAGAAACCGAGCAAUGGACAUUAUACCGGUGGAAAUUGUCCUUUGGUCUGAUGAGUCCAAAUUUGCGGUUUUUGGUUCCAAUCGCCGUGUCUUGUGGACCAGAGUAGGUGAACGGAUGAUCUCCGCAUGUGUGAUGGUGUGGGGGUGCGUUGCUGGUGACACUGUCAGUGAUUUAUUUAGAAUUAUUCAAGGCACACUUAACCAGCAUGGCGACCACAGCAUUCUGCAGCGAUACACCAGUACUGUUUUUCAACAGGACAAUGAUCCAAAACACACAUCAAGGCUGUGUAAGGGCUAUUUAACCAGAAGGGAGUGAGGAGUGCUGCAUCAGAUGACCUGGCCUCCACAUCCCCGACCUCAACCCAAUUGAGAUGGUUUGGGAUGAGUCGGACGGCAGAGGGAAGGAAAAGCAGCCAACAAGUGCUCAGCAUAUGUGGGAACUUCUUCAAGACGGUUGGAAAAGCAUUCCUAAUGAAGCUGGUUGAGAGAAUGCCAAGAGUGUGCAAAGCUGUCAAGGCAAAGGGUGGAUACUUUGAAGAAUCUCAAAUGUAAAAUAUAUUUUGAUUUGUUUAACACUUUUUUUUGGUUACUACAUGAUUCCAUAUGUGUUAUUUCAUAGUUUUGAUGUCUUCACUAUUAUUCUACAAUUGUCCUUGAAGCCGGAUAGUGACAACUAUCUAACACUUUAGUGUUAUACUGGUUUUCACUUUAUUCUUGCUAGUACUGUUACUAUCUUCAUGAUAGAUGUUUUGGAAGAUUGGUUUUACUUUUAAUGAAUGGAAGUCAAAAUAUGACUGCUGAAGUUGAAAGGUCACUGUGGACGAGGGCAUCUGCUAAAUGACUAAAUACCUCAACUGUUAACCUCUUUCCUUCAGGUGGUGGCGUCUGGCUCGGGGCUGAAGAGGGCCAAGGUGGGAGAGACCAGUGUGGUGAACGUGGAUUGUUCCAGGGCUGGACCGGGUCAACUCACCCUGGACGCUGCAUCCGACUCUGGCAACAAUAAGGCUAAGACAGAGGUGUGUACCAUGGGGUCGAAUGGAGGUGUUCUUUGGAGGGUCCUUGAAACUGUCUCUGAUGAGAGAGUGGAAAUCUCGGGGAUCUGAUAACAAAUUUUGAAUUUUAUAAAAACAUAUAUUGCUUAUUUGAACUGUUCAUAUGUCUGUAGGAACCCUACUUACUCUCUACGUCAGGGUUGUGGGUUCGAUUCCCACGGGGGGGUAUGAAAUAAAUAAUAAUGUAUGCACUCACUAACUGUAAAUCGCUCUGGAUAAGAGCGUCUGCUAAAUGACUAAAAUGUAAAUGUAAUGCAUCAACAUGCUAACGAGUGUGGUUACAGGUACAAAUUCCCUUCGGGCGAUGAAAGGUUUUCAAUAAUUGAUUGAUUCAUUGGUUCGUUCAGGUGAUCGACAACAAAGAUGGCACCUACACAGUGACCUACGUACCCCUGACCGCUGGGAUGUACACCCUGCUACUGAAGUACGGGGGCACGGCGACGCCCGGGUUCCCUGCCAAGGUGAUGGUAGACCCUGCUGUAGACACAUCCAGAGUCCAGGUGUUUGGGCCCGGAGUGGAGGGACGAGGUAAGAGUUUAUUUCGGAAUACUCUGUUGCUCUGCGUUUUUCCGUUCGUUUGGCUUGCUCUUUGGGGUCUAUGCCGGGUUUCUGUAAAGCACUUUGUGACGACUGUUGACGUAGAAAGGGCUUUAUAAAAUACAUUUUGAUUGAUUUGCAGUGGCACUGUAAACCGAGAACCAAACUCCUGAAACGUAAAUGUAUUGUAGCAUGCCACUUAUCUCCUCACUCUGUCACUCUUUAACCUGGUUAUCAGUAGGAUAGGUUCAACUUUAUUGUACCUGUGGGGACAAGUACCUAUACUAACUGAACGUGACUCAUCUUUAUUCUGAUUGACCACAACUGCUGUUUGUUUGCCCGGUUACCAUGACACCAGGAGCCCUUUGUGUAGUGUUAACUUUGCUUUGUCAAGAAGAAAUGGGAGCGCUCCAGAAGCACUCAGCUUCUCAAUAACCCUGUAGCAGUUUCAGUGAAGUCUAAAACCAUUACCUCACCUCGGAGCAGCAUCACGUCACUGCUGCCUCAGUGAAAAAUAACUAUUAGAGUUCAAAGGGGCAGUCGGUUGGAGGGUGGUGGUGAUGAUGGCACGUUUACAGAGCCAUGAACGGAAAUGUCUUCUCCCCGUCUCAACCCCCACACAAAUACACACGCAUGUUGAGAGGCACUGGGUCAGCCACAGAGCAGCACCCCUGGCUGGAGAGCCACAGAGCAGCACCCCUGGCUGGAGAGCCACAGAGCAGCACCCCUGGCUGGAGAGCCACAGAGCAGCACCCCUGGCUGGAGAGCCACAGAGCAGCACCCCUGGCUGGAGAGCCACAGAGCAGCACCCCUGGCUGGAGAGCCACAGAGCAGCACCCCUGGCUGGAGAGCCACAGAGCAGCACCCCUGGCUGGAGAGCCACAGAGCAGCACCCCUGGCUGGAGAGCCACAGAGCAGCACCCCUGGCUGGAGAGCCACAGAGCAGCACCCCUGGCUGGAGAGCCACAGAGCAGCACCCCUGGCUGGAGAGCCACAGAGCAGCACCCCUGGCUGGAGAACAGUUUUAGGGAGGAAUAGAAAGUCAACGAAGCUCAACAACAUGAUACUUUGGGAUGAGUCGACAAAAUUAACAAUUGAUAAUUCUAUUACAUGUUUUUCUCUACUCUACAGCGUUGUUCCGGGAGGCCACUACGGAUUUCACGGUAGACGCCAGGUCUCUGACUAAGAAGGGAGGUGACCACAUCAAAGCCCAGGUCAGAAAUCCCUCUGGCGCCCUGACUGACUGUGUCGUCACUGACAAGGCAGACGGGACCUACGGCGUUGAGUACACACCCUUCGAAAACGGUAAAAACAAACAGCUGCUGUUAAGCUCUCUGUGACGACUGCUGAGGUAAAAAGGGUAUUAUGAAUAGAUGUAUGUGGUUGGUAUGUCCAAAUGAUUGAUUCAUUGACAUGUUGACGUCUCCCUGAUCUCUAGGCGUCCAUGCUGUGGAGGUGCUGUACGAUGAGUCCCCGGUCCCGAAGAGUCCCUUCCAGGUGGGGGUGGAGGAAGGCUGUGAUCCCACCAGGGUCCUGGCUAAGGGCCCCGGGCUCCAGGAAGCCCUCACAGAGGCCCCCAACAACUUCUCCAUCAUCACCAGGUAGAUGCACACCUGUAUGUUCGUGUGUCGUGUCUUAGGGAGGAAAUGGUGGCGUUCAUAUAUCCUCUCUUUCAAACCUUUCCUCCGGUUUGGUGCCUAAUGAACCCAGGUCCGAGGGGAAAUGUUCCUUUAGCGUUAGUACAGUAGUUUGCUUCGACCCCGUCUCAAAUCGGAUUUUAUUUGUCACAUGCUUCGUAAAUAACAGGUGUAUACUAACACUGAAAUGCUUACUUACUUUCCAGUCAAUGCAGAGGUGUUUUAUUUUUUGAAAUAGUAGAAAUAAGACGAGGAAUAAAUACACAAGUAACGAUAACAUGGCCAUGUACACGGGGUCGAUGUGCAGGGUACGAGGUAAUUGAGGUAGAUACGUGUAUAUAUAUGUGUGUGUGUGUGUGUGUAUAUAUAUGUGUAUGUAGGGGUAAAGUUACUAGGCAACAGGAUUGUGAAAAGUGUUGGUGCAGAAAGGGUCAAGGCAGAUAUUCUGGGUAGCUAUUUAACUAACUAUUCAGCGGUCUUAUAGCUUGGGGGUAGAAGCUGGUUCAAUGUGUUGUUGGUUCCAGACUUGAUGCAUCGGUACCGCUUGCCGUGCGGUGGCAGAGAGAACAGUCUGACUUGGGUGGCUGGAGUCUUUGACAAUUUUUAGGGCCUUCCUCUGACACCGCCUGGUAUAGAGGUCCUGGAUGGCAGGGAGCUAGGCCCCAGUGAUGUACUGGGCCGUACACACUACCCUCUGUAGCACCUUGUGGUUGGAUGCCAAGCAGUUGCCAUACCAAGCGGUGAUGCAGCUAGUCAAGAUGCUCUCAAUGGUGCAGCUGUAGAACUGUCUGAGGAUUUGAGGGCCCCAUGCCGAAUCUUUUCAGUCUCCUGAGGGGGAAGAGGCGUUGUCGUGCCCUCUUCACAACUGUGUUGGUGUGGGUGGACCAUGAUAAAUCCUUAGUGAUGUGGACACCAUGAUAGAUCCUUAGUGAUGUGGACACCAUGAUAGAUCCUUAGUGAUGUGGACACCAUGAUAGAUCCUUAGUGAUGUGGACACCAUGAUAGAUCCUUAGUGAUGUGGACACCAUGAUAGAUCCUUAGUGAUGUGGACACCAUGAUAGAUCCUUAGUGAUGUGGACACCAUGAUAGAUCCUUAGUGAUGUGGACACCGAAUAACUGGAAGCUCUUGACCUGCUCCACAACAUUCCUGUGGAUGGGGGCGUGCUCGGCCCUCCGUUUCCUGUAGUCCACAAUCAACUCCUUUUGUUGUAGUAGUAGUAUUUGUAUUUAUUAUGUAUCCCCGUUUCUGACAUGUUUGUUUUUUCAGAGGGGCAGGUAUCGGAGGUCUGGGCAUCACAGUAGAAGGCCCGUCAGAGUCCAAGAUGUCCUGUAAAGACAAUAAAGAUGGCAGCUGUAACGUAGAGUACAUCCCAUUCGUCCCAGGCCUGUACGACGUUAACAUCACAUAUGGAGGAAAACACAUCCCAGGUAACUAUAAUCUAAUAUAAUCUACUACAGAGUUUUCCCAAACUCUGUCAUGGCUGCCCGACCGACCCCGACCCCGACCUCCUCCCCGGGUGAACCUUUUGGUUUUUGCCCUAGCACUGCACAGCUGAAUCAAAUAAUCAAAGUUUGAUGAUGAGUUGGUUAUUUGAAUCAGCUGUGCAGUUUGAGGCCAUGUGGCGGAGAGUGAUGCAGGCGCUGGAGAUGGGGGGUGAGCAGGUGGGUCUGGGCAGGAGGGAUGUGGUUGAUGGAGAUGGGGGUGGGGUGGGUCUGGGCAGGGUGACGUCGUUGUGUGUUUUGUAUGCUGUCGUUUGUAUGUGUAUGUUUUGUGUUGUUUCAAAAAAAAAAAAUUACCCCAAAAUAGAAUCAGCUGUGUAGUGCUAGGGCAAAAAACAAAACGUGCCCUCCCUCCCUCCCUCCCCUCUCACCCUCCCCUCUCACCCCUCCCUCUCACCCCUCCCCCCCCCCUCUCACCCUCCCCCCCCCUCUCACCCUCUCACCCUCCCCCCCUCCCCUCUCAACCCUCCCUCCCCCCCUCCCCUCUCACCCUCCCCUCUCACCCCUCCCUCCCUCCUCCCCUCUCACCCCUCCCUCCCUCCCUCCCACCCCUCCCUCCCUCCCUCCCUCUCCCUCUCUCCCUCCCCUCUCACCCCUCCCUCCCUCCCCUCUCACCCCUCCUCCCUCCCUCCCUCCCACCCCUCCCUCCCUCCCUCCCUCUCCCUCCCUCCCUCCCCUCUCACCCCUCCCUCCCUCCCUCCCUCCCACCCCUCCCUCCCUCCCUCCCUCUCUCCUCCCUCCCUCUCCCUCUCUCUCUCCCUCCCUCCCUCCCUCCCUCCCCCUCUCCACCCUCCCCCCCUCCCCUCUCACCCCUCCCCUCUCCCCCUCUCCCUCUCCCUCUCUCCCUCUCUCCCUCCGCUGAGACUGACCAGAGGGGACACAGUCGUCCCACUGAUGGCGAUGCACAAAUUCAUGUUGUUCCUAUGACCAGAGGAAGUGAAAUAUUUCUUGAUAUUAAAAUAUACGUGACGAGCUGCUAAUAAUAGAAGUGCAGGCCUAUCGAUACACUUGGCUGCUAAUUCAGUGCAGCUGCACUGUUAGUCGGGACAAGCGCAUAUCUAUUUUUGUUUAAAAAACAGUGUUGACAGUGCUGAUUAAAAAAUGUGAACAUACAGCUCUUUGCUAUAUUCGUUGACAGUUUCUCUCUGGUCAUGGUUUUAAAAGUGAUGAAAUCUCUCGUAGGCUAGUAUCAAACUUUGCUGUGGGGUUGUGGAAGCUGUACUAGGCGCUGUGAUUUGAGCCAUCCGAUUGGCCAGUACAUGUAGGUGCGCUUGAUUUAGCACAGCUCUCCUGGUCUGCCAGGUAGGCAGAGUUAGUCCCUUCAGACACAUAGAAUGGUUUAAAAUGAGAACACUCUGCUUACCCGGCGCCAGGGUUUCUGAAUCAAGUGCACCUUCUGCCAGACGUGUUUGUUGAUCUACUAGUAAUGCCUUUAUCGAUGGCUUUUCUACAGACGUGUUUGGUGAUCUACUAGUAAUGCCUUUAUCGAUGGCUUUUCUACAGACGUGUUUGGUGAUCUACUAGUAAUGCCUUUAUCGAUGGCUUUUCUACAGACGUGUUUGGUGAUCUACUAGUAAUGCCUUUAUCGAUGGCUUUUCUACAGACGUGUUUGGUGAUCUACUAGUAAUGCCUUUAUCGAUGGCUUUUCUACAGACGUGUUUGGUGAUCUACUAGGGAUGCCUUUAUCGAUGGCUUUUCUACAGACGUGUUUGGUGAUCUACUAGUAAUGCCUUUAUCGAUGGCUUUUCUACAGACGUGUUUGGUGAUCUACUAGUGAUGCCUUUAUCGAUGGCUUUUCUACAGACGUGUUUGGUGAUCUACUAGUUAAUGCCGUUAUCGAUGGCUUUUCUACAGACGUGUUUGGUGAUCUACUAGUAAUGCCUUUAUCGAUGGCUUUUCUACAGACGUGUUUGGUGAUCUACUAGUAAUGCCUUUAUCGAUGGCUUUUCUACAGACGUGUUUGGUGACCACUGGGUUAGAGGGAGUUUCCAUAUACCAGUCAUUUAUUUUCAAAUCCAUGAAGGGAAGUGAACAACAAACAAAAAAAAACAAAAAAGCCUUCGGAGAAAGGAGAUAUUACUGGGAAGGACUCCGAGUAUUUAAGCAACAGCACACCAUAUGUUCCUGUAACAACAAUACUGAAUAAAAAGUGAAUUCUCUCAUUUAAUACACCAGGUUCUUUACAUGGAAUGUAAACGAUGCUUACUGUUUUUAUAGAUAUUAUCGUGGAGGGCUAAACUUGUUUCAAAGACUGCUGUUCUUGUUCUUAGUGUUGUCUGUAUGUUGCAGCAUGAAAUAGAUGAUUCAUCUCUGGAUAUGGUAACUAUUGAUUUCUGCGUUCUGAAUGUUAUAGGCAGGGUGACUUCUCUCUGCCACACGUUCAGUCUGUGUCCCAAAAAAUCAUCCUAUUUGGGACGCAGACACACAGAUUUCAGGCCCACACAGACGUCAUGGUUUUGAUUUUGCAGGGCAAUGUCAGUAAAUCAUCUGUAUAGGGUUUAGUAGACUCCUAUUUCAGUAGACCGUCUACAGCAGGGGUAUUUAACCAGGGCUCCGCGGCCGAGGUAAUGCAGGGGGUCCACGAAAAUAGAUAUAUAGAUAGAUGUAUAUAUAGAUAUAAUAGGGUUUGCCGGUUUUCCUGGGCCGUGGGUCCCUGGGUUGCCGGUUUUCCUGGGCCGGGGGUCCCUGGGUUGCCGGUUUUCCUGGGCCGGGGGUCCCUGGGUUGCCGGUUUUCCUGGGUCGGGGGUCCCUGGGUUGCCGGUUUUCCUGGGCCGGGGGUCCCUGGGUUGCCGGUUUUCCGGGGCGGGGGGUCCCUGGGUUGCCGGUUUUCCGGGGCGGGGGGUCCCUGGGUUGCCGGUUUUCCGGGCCGGGGGUCCCUGGGUUGCCGGUUUUCCGGGCCGGGGGGGUCCCUGGGUUGCCGGUUUUCCGGGGCGGGGGGGUCCCUGGGUUGCCGGUUUUCCUGGGGCGGGGGGGUCCCUGGGUUGCCGGUUUUCCGGGGCGGGGGGUCCCUGGGUUGCCGGUUUUCCGGGCCGGGGGUCCCUGGGCAAGAAAAGGUUGAAGACCCCUGGUCUACAGUAUACAGUCUAUAUUAUCUACUCUGCUCCAAGGUAGACCAGAGAGUACUUUAACUGUCUGUUGUACUGUAAAACCAUGGGAACAUUACAUACACUCGUCCCAUCUGUCUGUCCACCAGGCAGUCCGUUCAAGAUACCAGUGAAGGACUCACUCACACACACACUGAUGUUGUUGGCUAUGUUGUUGUUCUAUUUGGUGCCCAGAGUUUCACCGUACCAUUUGAGCUUAGUUUUUUUCUGAUAACCUGGUUUAGGAAAAACUCCAAGCCCCAGCCGUCUGGUAGUGUAUCGAACAGUCCAUCUGUCUGUCUGGUAUCUAACAGUCUCUCUCUCUCUCUCUCUCUCUGUGUCCCUUUGUCCAUCAGGCAGUCCAUUCAAGGUACCAGUGAAGGACAUGGUUGACCCCAGCAAGGUGAAGAUCUCAGGACCCGGCGUGGGCUCAGGGGUCCGCGCCAAGAUCCCACAAUCCUUCACUGUGGACUGCAGCAAGGCCGGGGUGGCUCCCCUCUCUGUGGCCGUCACCGCUCCCAAAGGUGAGGUUUGAUUCAUUUUCUGUGGUGGCCCCUCUCUCUGUGGCCGUCACCGCACUUAAAGGGCAGACUGGAUUCGUUUUAUUUCUGUUAAUUUUAAAAGACUGCGGGGAACAGCAGACUGCGGGGAACAGCAGACUGCGGGGAACUUACCCAAAAAGACUUGUGCCGAUUAUAUCUACACAUUUUGCAUGGAGCAGAGAAUUGUUCUACUGUUUUUAAAGCUCAUUUCCUGCAAUUCUACACAUUUUUCUAUGUCUUACAAAGUGCUGAGUCAGGGGUGUGAAUACUUACACUACAUGACCAAAAGUAUGUGGACACCUGCUCAUCGAACAUCUCAUUCCAAAAUCAUGGGCAUUAAUAUGGAGUUGGUCCCCCCCUUUGCUGCUAAAACAGCCUCCACUCUUCUGGGAAGGCUUUCCACUAGAUGUUGGAACAUUGCUGUGGGGACUUGCUUCCAUUCAGCCACAAGAGCAUUAGUGAGGUGGGGCACUGAUGUUGGGCGAUUAGGCCUGGCUCGCAGUCGGCGUUCCAAUUCAUCCCAAAGGGGUUCAAUGGGUUUGUCACAAAGUUGGAAGUACAGAAUGGUCUAGAAUGUCAUUGUAUGCUGUAGCGUUAAGAUUUCCCUUCACUGGAACUAAAGGGCGUAGCCCGAACCAUGAAAAACAGCCCCAGACCAUUAUUCUUCCUCCACCAAACUUUACAGUUGGCACUAUGCAUUGGGGCAGGUAGCGUUCUCCUGGCAUCCGCCAAACCCAGAUUCGUCCGUCAGACUGCCAGAUGGUGAAGCGUGAUUCAUCACUCCAGAGAACGCAUUUCCACUGCUCCAGAGUCCAAUGGUGGCGAGCUUUACACCACUCCAGCCGACGCUUGUUGCCUUGGCCGUGUGUUUUGGGUCAUUGUCAUGCUGGAAUACCCAUCCACGACCCAUUUUCAAUGCCCUGGCUGAGGGAAGGAGGUUCUCACCCAAGAUUGGACGGUACAUGGCCCCGUCCAUCGUCCCUUUGAUGCGGUGAAGUUGUCCUGUCCCCUUAGCAGAAAAACACCCCCCAAAGCAUAAUGUUUCCACCUCCAUGUUUGACGGUGGUGAUGGUGUUCUUGGGGUCAUAGGCAGCAUUCUGUGUCUAAUUCAGUUCAACUUUAUUAUUGUGUCUAAUUCAGUUCAAUACCACUUUAUUUUCCCCGUCCGGUGCGUCUAAGAAAGGUCCUGUCCUCAUGUUAGUUGUGUGUGUUGGUCGUCAGGUGUGGCUGAGCCGGUGGAGAUCACAGACAAUGGAGAUGGAACACAUACGGUAGCCUACACCCCUUCAGUGGAGGGACCCUACUCUGUAGUGGUCAAGUACGCUGACGAGGAGCUCCCGCGCAGGUAACUCACUAAACUAGACUCCGUUACAUACAGGACAGCGGUUGUCUUGUAUUAUUUAGCCAUGAGUACUGCUCUGGAUCACAGCAGAUAAACCACUUACUGUAUAUUGUGAAAAAUUCCUCCUUAGAUCCCAGAGUUUUCCCUAUGAUCUGACUAGGAAAAUCUCCAGGCUAGAGAUGUGACAAAUGGGCAAUUCUUAACAUUUAAACAGCCUUUUAUUUUUUAUAAUUCAGUUUAAACGAUACGAAAGUAAUCAUACAACUACACGUGAAUAAAAUUCCUCGACUCCUAAGUUUCAGUAUGUUUGGAACAGAGAAGACCAAUUUAGUUGCCGUACUUCCGAGAACGCGAACACUUUCGUCUUUCAUAGUGAGAUAGCGAGGGUGAGAGGGAGGGGAAGGGUACAGUACAGGCAGGUCGGCCACCAGACAGACAGUUAGACCUAGUGCAUGGUUCUAUCUAUCAGUACAGGCAGGUCGGCCACCAGACAGACAGACAGUCAGACCUAGUGCACGGUUCUAUAUCAGUACAGGCAGGUCAGCCACCAGACAGACAGACAGACCUAGUGCACGGUUCUAUCUAUCAGUACAGGCAGGUCGGCCACCAGACAGACAGACAGACCUAGUGCACGGUUCUAUAUCAGUACAGGCAGGUCGGCCACCAGACAGACAGACAGACCUAGUGCAUGGUUCUAUCUAUCAGUACAGGCAGGUCGGCCACCAGACAGACAGACAGACCUAGUGCACGGUUCUAUCGAUCAGUACAGGCAGGUCAGCCACCAGACAGACAGACCUAGUGCACGGUUCUAUCGAUCAGUACAGGCAGGUCAGCCACCAGACAGACAGUUAGACCUAGUGCACGGUUCUAUCGAUCAGUACAGGCAGGUCGGCCACCAGACAGACAGACAGACAGACCUAGUGCACGGUUCUAUCUAUCAGUACAGGCAGGUCGGCCACCACACUUGAGUAACUGAAGCUGUUUUUGACACUAUGUUGGGGGGUUUCCUUUAUUUUGGCAGUUACCUGUGGUAAUCUGUAUCUGAAUGUCUUCACCAAGUAGCCUAAAGUUUGUUCCUCUGGUUUUAUUUAAGUUAUCCUCUAGUUAGUUAGGGUAGAACACAGCAAAGAAUAUAUUUUGUGAUAACCGCACUAAGAUUUACAUUUAGGAAGAAGAAGAAAAAAAAUAUAUAUAUUUCAUUUAGGGAUUUUCUACUAUAAAGAUAAAGGUUCCUCUACUCUGGGCCCUGUCUGUGAUGCCCGUUCCGCUAGUUUCCUCCACUUGUUGAUAUUAUUGUAAUUGUUUACUUCCUCGUCCAGCCCCUUCAAGCUGCGAGUGCUGCCUACCCAUGAUGCCAGUAAGGUGCGUGCCAGCGGACCUGGUCUAACCACCGGAGUGCCAGCCAGCCUUCCAGUAGAGUUCACCAUUGAUGCCAAGGACGCUGGAGAGGGACAGCUGUCAGUCCAGAUCACAGUGAGUUGACCUGAGGGUAGUCUUGUGGUGUUGUGGUUCGAGAAUCAGGCUGGACUUUGGAGAAACCUAUAACGGCUAGUGUCUAGGCUAUGAUCUGGGAGGUGAUCAGCUGUUAGCCAGACGGCUAUGAUCUGGGAGGGGAUCAGCUGUCAGCCAGACGGCUAUGAUCUGGGAGGGGAUCAGCUGUUAGCCAGACGGCUAUGAUCUGGGAGGUGAUCAGCUGUUAGCCAGACGGCUAUGAUCUGGGAGGGGAUCAGCUGUCAGCCAGACCUAUGGGAGGACAUCCCCGGCUAUGAUCUGGGAGGGGAUCAGCUGUCAGCCAGACGGCUAUGAUCUGGGAGGGGAUCAGCUGUCAGCCAGACGGCUAUGAUCUGGGAGGUGAUCAGCUGUCAGCCAGACGGCUAUGAUCUGGGAGGUGAUCAGCUGUCAGCCAGACGGCUAUGAUCUGGGAGGUGAUCAGCUGUCCAGCCAGACGGCUAUGACUGGGAGGUGAUCAGCUGUCGCCAGGACGGCUAUGAUCUGGGAGGUGAUCACUGUCAGCCAGACGCUAUGAUCUGGGAUGUGAUCAGCUGUCAGCCAGACGGCUAUGAUCUGGGAGGUGAUCAGCUAGACAACUAUGAUCUGGGAGGGGAUCAGCUGUCAGCCAGAACACUAUGAUCUGGGAGGUGAUCAGCUGUCAGCCAGGCGGCUAUGAUCUGGGAGGUGAUCAGCUGUCAGCCAGAACACUAUGAUCUGGGAGGUGAUCAGCUGUCAGCCAGGCGGCUAUGAUCUGGGAGGUGAUCAGCUGUCAGCCAGAACACUAUGAUCUGGGAGGUGAUCAGCUGUCAGCCAGACGGCUAUGAUCUGGGAGGUGAUCAGCUGUCAGCCAGACGGCUAUGAUCUGGGAGGUGAUCAGCUGUCAGCCAGACGGCUAUGAUCUGGGAGGUGAUCAGCUGUCAGCCAGACGGCUAUGAUCUGGGAGGUGAUCAGCUGUCAGCCAGACAACUAUGAUCUGGGAGGUGAUCAGCUGUCAGCCAGGCGGCUAUGAUCUGGGAGGUGAUCAGCUGUCAGCCAGACGGCUAUGAUCUGGGAGGGGAUCAGCUGUCAGCCAGAACACUAUGAUCUGGGAGGUGAUCAGCUGUCAGCCAGGCGGCUAUGAUCUGGGAGGUGAUCAGCUGUCAGCCAGACGGCUAUGAUCUGGAGGGGAUCAGCUGUCAGCCAGAACACUAUGAUCUGGGAGGUGAUCAGCUGUCAGCCAGGUGGCUAUGAUCUGGGAGGUGAUCAGCUGUCAGCCAGAACACUAUGAUCUGGGAGGUGAUCAGCUGUCAGCCAGACGGCUAUGAUCUGGGAGGUGAUCAGCUGUCAGCCAGACGGCUAUGAUCUGGGAGGUGAUCAGCUAGACAACUAUGAUCUGGGAGGGGAUCAGCUGUCAGCCAGAACACUAUGAUCUGGGAGGUGAUCAGCUGUCAGCCAGGCGGCUAUGAUCUGGGAGGUGAUCAGCUGUCAGCCAGAACACUAUGAUCUGGGAGGUGAUCAGCUGUCAGCCAGACGGCUAUGAUCUGGGAGGUGAUCAGCUGUCAGCCAGACGGCUAUGAUCUGGGAGGUGAUCAGCUGUCAGCCAGACGGCUAUGAUCUGGGAGGUGAUCAGCUGUCAGCCAGACGGCUAUGAUCUGGGAGGUGAUCAGCUGUCAGCCAGACAACUAUGAUCUGGGAGGUGAUCAGCUAGACAACUAUGAUCUGGGAGGUGAUCAGCCAGACACUAUGAUCUGGGAGGUGAUCAGCCAGACACUAUGAUCUGGAGUGAUCAGCUGUCAGCCAGACGGCUAUGAUCUGGGAGGUGAUCAGCUGUCAGCCAGACAACUAUGAUCUGGGAGGUGAUCAGCUAGACAACUAUGAUCUGGGAGGUGAUCAGCCAGACAACUAUGAUCUGGGAGGUGAUCAGCCAGACAACUAUGAUCUGGGAGGUGAUCAGCCAGACAACUAUGAUCUGGGAGGUGAUCAGCCAGACAACUAUGAUCUGGGAGGUGAUCAGCCAGACAACUAUGAUCUGGGAGGUGAUUAUACUGUUAAAAUAGGGCUCCAGAAUUUUUUUAAUUUUGUUUUUCAAUAGAGAUCAAUUUUCCUACAUCUUUAUGUGCACUAAUAUCGUAGGCACAUUUAUUUGGGGGCUAAUUCACCACACGAGGAAGUGAAAACUCAAAACACAUUAGCUAGAUCGCUAACACUAAAUAUAAUACUCACUGCUAGUAGUCAUGUAUUAAUCUAACAGUAAAUGUAAUAUUCUAAAAAAUAAGUUGUAGCCUGCUACCCAAUGCACUCACGAUGGCCGAUGCGCAGUUGCGCGCUUCGUAUAAAAUCCAUAUCAAAUAUCUUUGGUUGUAAAAUAGUUGCUGUUGAUCUUAAUAUUAAGAGAUUACAAAUAAAUCAUUAUUAACUGGGUCGUUAGAGCCCUGAAUGCUGAUUGGCUGACAGCCGUGGUAUAUCAGACCGUAUACCACAGGUAUGACAAAACAUUUAAUUUUUACUGCUCUAAUUACGUUGGUAACCAGUUUAUAAUAGCAAUAAGGCUCCUCCGGGGUAUAUGGCCAAUAUACCACACCCCCCCGGGCCUUAUUGCUAUUAUACCCACAGGAAGCUGAGAACAACACUAGUUGCUUCCGAAGCUAUGCAUUUCCCACAAUUUGGAUUUUGAAACGUUAAACAAUCAGAAGGCCUUUUUGUCUCUCCCGGAGCGCACAUCAAGAGGCUAUUCACAGCAGCAGGCCCAGCUGUCAUCAAGGCAAAGGGUGGCUACUUUGAAGAAUCUCAAAUAUAAAAUAUAUUUUGGUUUGUUUAACACUUUUCUGGUUACUACAUGAUUCCAUAUAUGUUAUUUCAUAGUUCUGAUGUCUUCGCUAUUAUUCUACAAGGUAGAAAAUAGUAAAAAAUAAAUGGAAUGAGUAAGCGUGUCCAAACCUUUGACUGGUACUGUGUGUUCAGCUCACACUGACACCAAUACAUUUUUUGUUUACUCGCAAAGUCAAGUCAAAGGGGUCGCAUAAUGCUACUGAAUGGUGUGAGUCUGGAGCCCCCUGGGGUACUGGAUUGGAAUCAAAGUUGUCAUAAUUAGUUGUCUGCAAACUAACUGCGAGCAAACUUACUCCGAGCAAACUAACUGCUAGCAUUAUCAAUCUGUUAUAUAUUGGGAUGUAAUUUGAUGAAGGCCCAGAGGUGAUCUUAAAGCCCCUCCUGGAGGGUGGGCUCAGUUCUACCGGCAACAGAGUAUAGCUCAACACAACACACAGUGAUUCACACUCAUUCUCUCUCAAUUUCAAUUUUCAAUUUAAGGGCUUUAUUGGCAUGGGAAAUGUAUGUUAACAUUGCCAAAGCAAGUGAAGUAGAUAGUCAACAAAAGUGAAAUAAACAAUAAAUAUGAACAGUAAAUAUUACACUCAGAAGUUCCAAAAGAAUAAAGACAUUUCAAAUGUCAUAUUAUGUAUAUAUAUAGUGUUGUAACAAUGUGCAAAUAGUUAAAGUACAAAUGGGAAAAUAAAUAAACAUAAAUAUGGGUUGUAUUUACAAUGGUGUUUGUUCUUCACUGGUUGCCCUUUUCUUGUGGCAACAGGUCACAAAUCUUGCUGCUGUGAUUGCACACUGUGGUUUUUCACCCAGUAGAUAAGGGAGUUUAUCAAAAUUGGAUUUGUUUUUUAAUUCUUUGUGGAUCGCUGUAAUCUGAGGGAAAUAUGUGUCUCUAAAAUGGUCAUACAUUUGGCAGGAGGUUAGGAAGUGCAGCUCAGUUUCCACCUCAUUUUGUGGGCAGUGUGCACAUAGCCUGUCUUCUCUUGAGAGCCAGGUCUGCCUACGGCGGCCUUUCUCAAUAGCAAGGCUAUGCUCACUGAGUCUGUACAUAGUCAAAGCUUUCCUUAAGUUUGGGUCAGUCACAGUGGUCAGGUAUUCUGCCACUGUGUACUCUCUGUUUAGGGCCAAAUAGCAUUCUAGUUUGCUCUGUUUUUUUGUUAAUUCUUUCCAAUGUGUCAAGUAAUUCUCUUUUUGUUUUCUCAUGAUUUGGUUGGGUCUAGUUGUGUUGUUGUCCUGUGGCUCUGUGGGGUCUGUUUGUGUUUGUGAACAGAGCCCCAGGACAAGCUUACUUAGGGGACUCUUCUCCAAGUUCAUCUCUCUGUAGGUGAUGGCUUUGUUAUGGAAGGUUUGGGAAUCGCUUCCUUUUAAGUGGUUAUAGAAUUUAACGGCUCUUUUCUGGAUUUUGAUAAUUAGCGGGUAUUGGCCUAAUUCUGCUCUGCAUGCAUUAUUUGGUGUUUUACGUUGUACACGGAGGAUGUUUUAACAGAAUUCUGCAUGCAGAGUCUCAAUUUGGUGUUUGUCCCAUUUUGUGAAUUCUUGGUUGGUGAGCGGACCCCAGACCUCACAAUCAUAAAGGAAAAUGGGCUCUAUAACUGAUUCAAGUAUUUUUAGCCAGAUCCUAAUUGGUAUGUCAAAUUUUAUGUUCCUUUUGAUGGCAUAGAAGGCCCUUCUUGCCUUGUCUCUCAGAUCGUUCACAGCUUUGUGGAAGUUACCUGUGGCGCUGAUGUUUAGGCCGAGGUAUGUAUAGUUUUUUGUGUGCUCUAGGGCAACGGUGUCUAGAUGGAAUUUGUAUUUGUGGUCCUGGCAACUGGACCUUUUUUGGAACACCAUUAUUUUUGUCUUACUGAGAUUUACUGUCAGGGCCCAGGUCUGACAGAAUAUGUGCAGAAGAUCUAGGUGCUGCUGUAGGCCCUCCUUGGUUGGUGACAGAAGCACCAGAUCAUCAGCAGAAGACAUUUGACUUCAGAUUCUAGUAGGGUGAGGCCGGGUGCUGCAGACUGUUCUAGUGCCCUCGCCAAUUCGUUGAUAUAUAUGUUGAAGAGGGUGGGGCUUAAACUGCAUCCCUGUCUCACCCCACGGCCCUGUUGAAAGAAAUGUGUGUGUUUUUUGCCAAUUUUAACCGCACACUUGUUGUUUGUGUACAUGGAUUUUAUAAUGUCGUAUGUUUUUCCCCCAACCCCACUUUCCAUCAACUUGUAUAGCAGACCCUCAUGCCAAAUUGAGUCAAAAGCUUUUUUGAAAUCAACAAAGCAUGAGAAGUGGUUUACCCAUAUAUCUCCGUUUUGGAUAGAUAGCUCUUCGUCUUGUUGUUUGUUUAGUGUUUUCCAAUUUUCCCAGAAGUGGUUAGAGUCUAUGGAUUCUUCAAUUACAUUGAGCUGAUUUCUGACGUGCUGUUCCUUCUUUUUCCGUAGUGUAUUUCUGUAUUGUUUUAGUGAUUCACCAUAGUGAAGGCGUAGGCUCAGGUUUUCUGGGUCUCUAUGUUUUUGGUUGGAUAGGUUUCUCAAUUUCUUUCUUAGGUUUUUGCAUUCUUCAUCAAACCAUUUAUCACUGUUAUUACUUUUCUUUGGUUUUCUGUUAGAGAUUUUUAGAUUUGAUAGGGAAGCUGAGAGGUCAAAUAUACUGUUUAGGUUUUCUACUGCCAAGUUUACACCUUCACUAUAACAGUGGAACGUUUUGUCCAGGAAGUUGUCUAGAAUGGAUUGAAUUUGUUGUUUCCUAAUAGUUUUUUGGUAGGUUUCAACACUACUUUCCUUCCAUCUAUAGCAUUUCUUAAUAUUAUUCAGUUCUCCCCCCCCCCCCCCCCCCCCCCAGAGAGUCAUUGGAACAGAAAAAUCUACAGGAUCACGUAUAGGAGUAUAACCUCUAUAGACAGGAUCACGUAUAGGAGUAUAAUACGUCUGAAACGUUGUUGUUUUCUCAGGACCAGGAUGGGAAGCCGAAGAGGGUUGGUAUCCAUGACAAUGGUGACGGGACAUAUCUGGUGUCUUAUGUACCUGACAAGGUCGGCCGCUAUACCAUCGUGAUAAAGUACGGAGGAGAUGAGAUCCCUGCCUCGCCCUACCGGGUCAGAGCCACCUCCUCAGGAGAUGCCAGCAAGUGCACAGUCACCGGUGAGUGAGUCAUGGUGUGCUUUGGGGAUCUACCACGACAGGGGCGUCAAACAUACGGUCUGCAUUCCGGAUCUGGCCCUCAAGCCCAUUCAAUCACGGAGCAUCGAGAAUUCCAAAAGCCGUGGAUAGAGAAACAUUUUUUUUGCUAAUUUUUCCCGGAGAGGAAACAUAAUAUAUGUUAACUACAGCCCUCCUCUUUGGGCUCAGAGGUGGAAACACAAUAGUCCAGGUCUGUAGUCCAAGCACCCUGUGGAGGAAAUGUGGCGUUACAAACCCUGGUCCUUCCAGCCAGAUAGGAUAUACUUUAUUCGCCCAGGGGGAAAUUUAUCUUGGACAUUUUAAAGGGUGUCGCUGCUUCCACAUAAAUACAUAGAAUCAAAUCGAUACAACGUACAUUAGAAUAACAUCUUCAUCAUACACGCCUCACAAUUACAACAACCUGAAAUGUUCAUUUUGGCUUUUCAGUUAAGCUUUUUCUUCUCCAGACUGAUCUCUCAUCUGUUUAUCCUACCAGGUCCCGGUAUCGCCCCCGUCAUCGCGGUCGGGCAGGAAGUGGGCUUCGUGGUCAACGCUAAGGCAGCUGGGAAGGGAAAGGUGACGUGUAUCGUUGUGACGCCGGACGGGACAGAGGUGGAGGCUGAUGUCAUCCAGAACGAGGACGGAACAUUCGAUAUCUUCUACACCGCCCCGACCCCCGGGAACUAUGUCAUAUACGUACGCUUUGGAGGGGAGAACGUCCCCAAGAGCCCCUUCAGAGUCAUGGUGAGGUUAUGGUCUCCUGUGUUGUCCCAAAAAAACGUAUAUCCUGCACCGUUUCUGGCUCUGCACCGUUCCCGUCUCUCUGUCAGUGAGAGGGAUGCUCUAAUGUGUUUAGAAAAUGCAUCCCUGUAUUAUUUGUCUGAUCCUGUGCAGACAUUUUAGAUCAUGUUUUGAUUGUGGUGGUGAUGGUUAUCAUGUCUGUCCCCGUGUGUGUGUGUCUGAAGCCUGACCUGGUUGUGAUUCCCCAGGCGACUGAUGAGGCUCCGAUGAUGCAGCAACAGUCAGCCAAUCAGCAGUCAGCUGCUCCUGGAGCCGCCGGAUUCCAGCCCUGGGUACAGAGUAGAGAACCACCUCUAUCCAUCCCUCAUCCCUCUCUGUCACACACAGCCUGCCCUGCACCUCAAGGAGAUCUCUCUGGCCCUCCCUCCCUCCCUCCCUCCGGCCCUCCCUCCGGCCCUCCCUCCCUCCCUCCGGCCCUCCCUCCCUCCCUCCCUCCGGCCCUCCCUCCCUCCCUCCCUCCCUACGGCCCUCCCUCCCUCCCUCCCUCCCUCCCUCCCUCCCUCCCUCCCUCCCUCCCUCCCUCCCUCCUCCCCCCUCCCUCCCUCCCUCCCUCCCUCCCUCUGGGCCCUCCCUCCCUCCCUCCCCCUCCCUCCCUACGGCCCUCCCUCCCUCCCUCCCUCUCUCUGGCCCUCCCUCCCUCCCUCCCUCCCUCCGCCCUUCCCCCUCCCUCCCUCCCUCCCUCCCUCCCUCCCCUCCCUCCCUCCCUCCUCCCUCCCUCCGGCCCACCCUCCUCCCUCUCCUCUGGGCCCUCCCUCCCUCCCUCCCUACCGGCCCUCCCUCCCUCCCUCCGGCCCUUCCUCUGGCCCUCCCUCCCUCCCUCUGGCCGGCCCUCCCUCCCUCCCUCCCUCCCUACGGCCGGCCCUCCCUCCCACCCUCCCUCCCUCCCUCUGGCCCACCCUCUCUCCGGACCCCCUCCCUCUCUCCCGGACCUCCUCCUCUCUCCGGACCCCCUCCCUCUCUCCGGACCCCCUCCCCUCUCUCCGGACCCCCUCCAUCCUUCCGUCCAUGGGCCUCUGAUUUUUCUCUCUGAUCCCUGACACUGAAUGAUCACCCUCCCUCUCUCAUGGCGUCCCUUCCUCCCCCCCCAACUUCAUGAUAAAUGUCACUGAAUGACUCCAGCUUCUCUCCAUCAUAUUUGUAGGAAGUGGCUAUUCAUGUCUUCUAAUGGCUGAACACUGUUUCUUCCUUCAGUCUCUUUGGCCUUCCCAAACCCUGAUAUUCUACCCCACUCUGAUUAUACACUGGAAAAACAGGUGUCCCAUGCAAUGUUAGUUCCAUUGAGUUAUCUGGUCUCCAUUCUGGCCUCCUGGUUAGUCAGCGCCCCACCAUGGCCCCAUGCCAGACCCAUUACAGUACAAUGGACCCCUCUCUCUCUCCUGUUCCCACCAGAAAAGGAAAGCGUGGGAGGACACACACACACACCCAGACAAACACACACACACACACACACACACACCCGGACACACACACACACCCGGACACACACACACAGAAUAGAGGACAGACAGAAAAUAGCCCAGAUAGUGUAGAUACAGUAUCAACAAAUGCAUCCUCCUCUCUCCUCCUCUCUUCUCCCCUCUUGUCUCCUGUCUCCUCGUCUCUCCUCCUCUCUUCUCUCCUCCUCUCUUCUCUCCCCUCUCUCCUCUCUCCCCUCUCCUUCUCUCUUCUCUCCUCCUCUCUCCCCCUCUCCUCCUCUCUCCCCUCUCCUCCUCUCUUCUCCCCUCUCGUCUCCUCUCUCCCCCGUCUCUCCCCCUUUCUCUCCCCCUUUCUCUCCCCCUUUCUCUCCCCCUUUCUCUCCCCCUGUCUCUCCCCCUGUCUCUCCCCCUGUCCUCUCCCCCUUUCUCUCCCCCUGUCUCUCCUCCUCUCUCUCCUCCUCUCCCCUCUCUCCCUCCCCCUUCUCCUCCUCUCCCCUCUCCCCUCUCUCCCCCUCUCCCCUCUCCUCCCUCUCCCCUCCUCCCCCUUCUCCUCCUCUCCCUCUCUCCCCCCUUCUCCUCUCUCUCCCCCUUCUCCUCCUCUCUCCCCCUUCUCCUCCUCUCCCCUCUCUCCCCCUCUCUCCUCCUCUCUCCCCUCUCUCCUCUUCUCGCUUCUCUUUCCAGCUCAUCUACUAUAUAUUACCACGGUUACAUUUCCACGGUUACAUUACCACGGUUACAGGUUUUGGGUUUCUCUUCCUCGCUCUUCCCAGGAGUUCUGAGAGCCUUUGCUUUUCCAGGUAUGCUGUGGGUGAUCUGCCAUCUCUCUCUCUCUCUCUCUCCCCCCUUACUCCAUGCAUACCUUUCUCCUGCAAGAGGCGCCAAACGGCACCAGUCUGACCUGAUGGCUGUUUGCCUGCCUGAUCCCUUCUCUUACCUCAGCUUUAUCGCAGGAAGACUCACGCAGCAUGAGACUGUAAAUGGUAGAAAUACAGUGAUGUGACCACAGACUGUCACUCUCCUGUUUUGACAGAUCUCCUACCAAAGACAUAUCGGUAACGUUUUUAAUAAUCAAAACCCCCUCUUCCCCCCGUUGUCUCCCCCCUCCCCCACCCCCGUUGUCUCCCCCCCCCCCCCCCCCCCCCCGUUGUCUCCCCCUCCCCCCCCCCCCGUUGUCUCCCCCUCCCCCCCCCCCCGUUGUCUCCCCCCUCCCCUCCCCGUUUGUCUCCCCCUCCCCCCUGUUGUCUCCCCCCUCCCUCCCCGUUGUCUACACCUCUUCUCCCCCUUCCCCCCCGUUUUCUCCUCCUCUCCGCUCCAGGUGACAGACGGGUCCUACCACCCAGCCAACCGUAUGAACGGAACAGGUUUCAGGCCCUUCGACAUGGUCAUUCCCUUCGCCUUCCGCAAGGGAGAGAUCACAGGUGAGAUACUGACCAAUAACUAUCUAACUUCCUGUUGAUGGAGAGAUCACAGGUGAGAUACUGACCAAUAACUAUCUAACUUCCUGUUGAUGGAGAGAUCACAGGUGAGAUACUGACCAAUAACUAUCUAACUUCCUGUUGAUGGAGAGAUCACAGGUGAGAUACUGACUAAUAACUAUCUAACUUCCUGUUGAUGGAGAGAUCACAGGUGAGAUACUGACUAAUAACUAUCUAACUUCCUGUUGAUGGAGAGAUCACAGGUGAGAUACUGACCAAUAACUAUCUAACUUCCUGUUGAUGGAGAGAUCACAGGUGAGAUACUGACCAAUAACUAUCUAACUUCCUGUUGAUGGAGAGAUCAACAGGUGAGAUACUGACCAAUAACUAUCUAACUUCCUGUUGAUGGAGAGAUCACAGGUGAGAUACUGACCAAUAACUAUCUAACUUCCUGUUGAUGGAGAGAUCACAGGUAGAAUGACAUUACAUAUUGUAGGGAAAUGUAACUCCUCUCAUAGUAGCCUGUGUUCUCUCCCUCUUUCUGUCUCUCUCGCUCUCGCUCGCUCGCUCUUUAACGCUCUCUAACGCUCGCUCUUUAACGCUCUCUAACGCUCUCUCUCUCUCUUUAACGCUCUCUCUCUUUAACGCUCUCUCUCUUUAACGCUCUCUCUCUUUAACGCUCUCUGUCUCUCUCUCUGCCUCUCUCUGUCUCUCUCUCUCUCUCUCUCUCUCUAGGUGAGGUCCACAUGCCAUCAGGGAAGACUGCUCAGCCUGAGAUCAUCGACAACAAGGACGGGACUGUCACAGUGAAGUUUGCCCCCACCGAGGCCGGCCUUCACGAGAUGCACAUCAAGUACAAUGGAACACACAUUCCAGGUCAGCACACACACCCCCGCACGCACGAAAUACACGCACGGACACACUCACACACUUUCAGGUGUUGUUUGGCUGGUAGAAUAGCAGGCUGUGGAACAAAGGCAGAUAUCUCCCAACGCAGAAACAUGGAUCACUCACACACAGGACACACACACACACAGGACACACACACACACAGGACACACACACACACAGGACACACACACACACAGGACACACACACACACAGGACACACACACACACAGGACACACACACACACAGGACACACACACACACAGGACACACACAUACACAUACACAAUAGUGAUGAAUAUCCUGUCAGGAUUCCUGUGUAUUGAAGUCAUGAACAGGACAUACCAGGGAGAAAGUGGAGGGAGGGAGGGGGAGAAUCGCUCAGUUGAUGUGAGUUGAAAAGAGCCUCCUUUUCUUUCCAUGAGAGAUUGGUUUUAAGCACAAAGAGAGAAAGACCCAUUGAGAUGAUGAUUGAUAGUUGGUGGGAAAAGGCCUCUCCUGGUGACCUCUUUCCCUCCCCCCUCCCCCCUCCCUGGGACCCUAGGAGGGGUACUGUGGGGGUCUGGGUGGAGGUGUUCUCCUGGUGACAUCAGGAGAAUGUGUGGAUCUCUUUCCCUCCCCCCUCCCCCCUCACUGGGACCCUAGGAGGGGUACUGUGGGGGUCUGGGUGGAGGUACUUUGGGGGUCUGGGUGGAGGUACUGUGGGGGUCUGGGUGGAGGUACUGUGGGGGUCUGGGUGGAGGUACUGUGGGGGUCUGGGUGAAGGUGGGAUGGUGAUGUAACAUCUAGCCACCCCCAGGACGGAUAGGUCUCAUGUCUGUAGGGGUUUCACAUUAUCUCCUACCUACACACUAUGGGGAUAUCCUACCUCCCCCCCACUAUGGGGAUAUCCUCCCUCCCCCCCCCCACUAUGGGGAUAUCCUCCCUCCCCCCACUAUGGGGAUAUCCUCCCUCCCCCCCCACUAUGGGGAUAUCCUCCCUCCCCCCCACUAUGGGGAUAUCCCCCUCCCCCCCACUAUGGGGAUUCCUCCCUCCCCCCCACUAUGGUGUAUCCUCCCUCCCCCCCCACUAUGGGGAUAUCCCUCCCUCCCCCCCACUAUGGGGAUAUCCUCCCUCCCCCCACUAUGGGGAUAUCCUCCCUCCCCCCCUAUGGGGAUAUCCUCCCUCCCCCCCACUAUGGGGAUAUCCUCCCUCCCCCCCACUAUGGGGAUAUCCUCCCUCCCCCCACUAUGGGGAUAUCCUCCCUCCCCCCCACUAUGGGGAUAUCCCCCCCCCCACUAUGGGGGAUAUCCCCCCUCCCCCCCCACUAUGGGGAUAUCCCCCCUCCCCCCCCACUAUGGGGAUAUCCUCCCCCCUCCCCCCCACUAUGGGGAUAUCCUCCCCCCUCCCCCCCCACUAUGGGGAUAUCCUCCCCCCUCCCCCCCCACUAUGGGGAUAUCCUCCCCCCUCCCCCCCACUAUGGGGAUAUCCUCCCUCCCCCCCACUAUGGGGAUAUCCUCCCUCCCCCCACUAUGGGGAUAUCCUCCCUCCCCCCCACUAUGGGGAUAUCCUCCCUCCCCCCCACUAUGGGGAUAUCCUCCCCUCCCCCCCACUAUGGGGAUAUCCUCCUCCCUCCCCCCCACUAUGGGGAUAUCCUCCCCCCUCCCCCCCACUAUGGGGAUAUCCUCCCCCCUCCCCCCCACUAUGGGGAUAUCCUCCCCCCUCCCCCCCACUAUGGGGAUAUCCUCCCCCCUCCCCCCCACUAUGGGGAUAUCCUCCCCCCUCCCCCCCCACUAUGGGGAUAUCCUCCCCCCUCCCCCCCCCACUAUGGGGAUAUCCUCCCCCCUCCCCCCCCACUAUGGGGAUAUCCUCCCCCCUCCCCCCACUAUGGGGAUAUCCUCCCCCCUCCCCCCCACUAUGGGGAUAUCCUCCCCCUCCCCCCCACUAUGGGGUAUAUCCUCCCUCCCCCCCCACUAUGGGGAUAUCCUCCUCCCUCCCCCCCACUAUGGGGAUAUCCUCCUCCCUCCCCCCCACUAUGGGGAUAUCCUCCUCCCUCCCCCCACUAUGGGGAUAUCCUCCUCCCUCCCCCCCACUAUGGGGAUAUCCUCCCCCUCCCCCCCCACUAUGGGGAUAUCCUCCCUCCCCCCCUACUAUGGGGAUAUCCUCCCUCCCCCCUACUAUGGGGAUAUCCUCCCUCCCCCCCACUAUGGGGAUAUCCCCUCUCCCCCCCACUAUGGGGAUAUCCUCCCCCCCCACUAUGGGGAUAUCCUCCCUCCCCCCUACUAUGGGGAUAUCCUCCCUCCCCCCUACUAUGGGGAUAUCCUCCCUCCCCCCCACUAUGGGGAUAUCCUCCUCCCUCCCCCCCACUAUGGGGAUAUCCUCCUCCCUCCCCCCCACUAUGGGGAUAUCCUCCCCCUCCCCCCCCACUAUGGGGAUAUCCUCCCCCCCUCCCCCCCACUAUGGGGAUAUCCUCCCCCCUCCCCCCCACUAUGGGGAUAUCCUCCCCCCUCCCCCCCCCACUAUGGGGAUAUCCUCCCCCCUCCCCCCCACUAUGGGGAUAUCCUCCCUCCCCCCCACUAUUGGGGAUAUCCCCCCUCCCCCCCACUAUGGGGAUAUCCCCUCUCCCCCCCACUAUGGGGAUAUCCUCCCCCCUCCCCCCCCCACUAUGGGGAUAUCCUCCCCCCUCCCCCCCACUAUGGGGAUAUCUUCCCCCCCCUCCCCCCCACUAUGGGGAUAUCCUCCCCCCCCUCCCCCCCCACUAUGGGGAUAUCCUCCCCCCUCCCCCCCACUAUGGGGAUAUCCUCCCCCUCCCCCCCACUAUGGGGAUAUCCUCCUCCCUCCCCCCCACUAUGGGGAUAUCCUCCCUCCCCCCCACUAUGGGGAUAUCCUCCCUCCCCCCACUAUGGGGAUAUCCUCCCUCCCCCCCACUAUGGGGAUAUCCUCCCUCCCCCCCACUAUGGGGAUAUCCUCCUCCCUCCCCCCCACUAUGGGGAUAUCCUCCUCCCCCCCCCCCCACUAUGGGGAUAUCCUCCCUCCCCCUCACUAUGGGGAUAUCCUCCUCCCUCCCCCCCACUAUGGGGAUAUCCUCCUCCCUCCCCCCCCACUAUGGGGGAUAUCCUCCUCCCUCCCCCCCCACUAUGGGGAUAUCCUCCCCCCUCCCCCCCACUAUGGGGAUAUCCUCCCCCCCCCCCCCACUAUGGGGAGCUAUUGUUCUGCUUCUCUCUUUCUACAAAGCAUUUUAUUGACAUGUCAUUCUUUUUUUUUAUUUGAUAAUCUUUUAUCUAUAGCCAAGCCAAUGAGAAUCCAAUAUGCUUCUGUAUGAUUAGUCAUGUAUGAAGUAUAUCGCGACCCCAACCAUGUGGGACUAUGACAGUUAAUUGCAAAUGAGUCUGACAUCAUGUCUCUUAUCUCACCACCACUAAUGAGAUGGGUGUGGCUUGAUGCACGUCGCCUCGGAGCUUCUCCAAGUCAGUGGGCGGGGUCGACAGUGCGCACCUCAUCUCUCCUGUCACAUCCAACCUGGAUCCAUAUUUGUUUUAAUGCAGAUGAGAGCACUGAAUCGGCGUACCAUGAGUUGUGCCGCUCAACGGGAGACUGCACAGUAUUGAUACACUACCACCACACAUAAUAGGACAUCCAUUGAGGGCCAGGAGUUUUCCUGUCUGAUCAAGGAAAAUUCCUGGCCCUACAUACUGUUUAUCGUCUCAGGUUGAUGUUGUUGUUGUCUCUUCAGAGUCUCCUCUGCAGUUCUACGUAAACAACACCAACAGUGCCAACGUGACGGCCUCCGGUCCUGGUCUGGUCUAUGGCGUCGCCAACAAGACCGCCGUGUUCACCAUCUACACAGAGGACGCUGCCGAGGGUACGCACGCCGGAGACUACCGUCACACACACCAACACACACACACACCAACACGCACAGACACACACACACACACCACCACACACACACCAACACGCACAGACACACACACAACACACAGGAGGACGCUGCCGAGGUACGCACACCGGAGACUACCGUCACACUCACCAACACACACACACACACACACACACACACACACACACACACACACAGAGGACGCUGCCGAGGGUACGCACACCGGAGACUACCGUCACACACACACACACACACACACACCAACACGCACAGACACACACACACACACAGAGGACGCUGCCGAGGGUACGCACACCGGAGACUACCGUCACACACACCACACCACACCACAACACACCGCACAGACACAUACACACACCAACACACACACUGAGGACGCUGCCGAGGGUACGCACACCGGAGACUACCGUCACACUCACCAACACACACACACCAACACACACACACACACACAGAGGACGCUGCCGAGGGUUACGCACACCCGGAGACUACCGUCACACACACACACACACACACACACACACACACGCACAGACACAUACACACACCAACACACACACUGAGGACGCUGCCCAGGAUACGCACACCGGAGACUACCGUCACACACACACACACCGUCACACACACACACACCGUCACACACACACACACGCACAGACACACACACACACUGAGGACGCUGCCGAGGGUACGCACACCGGAGACUACCGUCACACUCACCAACACACACACACACACCAACACACACACACACGCACAGACACACACACACACACACUGAGGACGCUGCCGAGGGUACGCACACCGGAGACUACCGUCACACACACACACACCAACACACACACACACACACGCACACACACUGAGGACGCUGCCGAGGGUACGCACACCGGAGACUACCGUCACACACACCAACACACACACACACACACCAACACACACACACACACACACCAACACACACACUGAGGACGCUGCCGAGGGUACGUACAGGACAGAAGAGCCAUGGUUUGCUCUGAGGGGAAAUUGAAAUUCAUAGGAUAAGACAUAUUUCUCGCCACCAAACAGAGAGUAACAUUUUUUUUUAAACUGUAAAUGAUGACUUGUCUGGUGGACGUCAUGGUUGUCUGAAACGUACUUUUUAAACAUCUAAAUAAAGUCUAGUGUUGAUAGAUGGAGCAUCUUAUCCCCAUCGACUGUGUGUUUGACCUGUUGGUACUCUAGGAGGUCUGGACCUGGCCAUCGAGGGUCCGUCCAAGGCAGAAAUCUGCUGUCAGGAUAAUAAAGAUGGCACCUGCACAGUGACCUACCUGCCUGUUCUCCCUGGAGACUACCAAAUA